ACUCGAGACGCAAACAUUUUUUUGUUAAAACAAAAAAUUUCAAUCAAACAAUUUUCAAUUUUUAUGCUGAUUAAAACCGAUGGCUACUGCAUGUCCAAAAUCUUUCACAAGUAAAACACUUGAUUGUGAUGAAGAAUUUAGUGAAUACUGCGAAAAUUUCACCUUUUCAGAUACGGAAAACAAUUGCUUCAUAUGUAAUGGAUAUUACGGACCGAGCUUCAGAGAACCCGUUUGCGGCGUGUGUCAUUCAUUCGUUUUUCACAAUGAAGGCCAAAUAGAAAUCGAAAAUAAUCAUUUCACGAAAUUUUCAGACGACGAAGAAGAUUCAGGAAACGAGGAAAUGCCGAACCAGCAAGAAUUUGAUGAUAACAGUGAAGUUGACAGUGUGAACUUAAAUUUUAAUAUAAAUAGACGGCUAAACGUCGAUCCACCGAGAGAUGUUGCAGAAUUCGUUGAUCUUCUUUCUCGUCCUCGACAUGAACAAGAGCAAGCUGUGGUCAAAGACGAAAUAGUUGAGAAACUUCCCGUAGAAAUAUUACUUAAAAUAUUUUCAUAUUUAGAUGACUUGUCACUGUGGACAGUGAGUGAAGUUUGUAAAAAAUGGAAAACAAUUCUGCAACGUAACACUCCACAAACGUUUUGGAAGCGAUAUUUGAAAGAAAGAUUUCCACUUUAUCAACAAAUAUCGUUUGUGUCGAAUUGGAUGGAAAAGUAUUGUUCAAUGAUGUCUUCUUGUUUUUGUCGAACAUGUCUCAUACAAAUGGCAAACAAAACACCAAUCAGAGGACUCAUGCAAAGAUCUUAUGUUAACAAUCUUCGUGCCAGGCGCUUAAGAAACGACAUCAGAUCGAUCGCACAAGAAGGUUCAACACUUGGAAUUGACGCACUCCCUCUCGAUCCUCAAGAAACACAUUGGCAAGCUUCAAUUAUUGGACCCAACAACUCACCUUACGAAGGUGGAAAAUUCUUCCUCUACAUAAGAUUUCCAUACAACUAUCCAAUGUCACCACCGCAUGUGAGAUUCUUAACUAAAAUCGUUCACCCAAAUGUCAGUCGACAUGGAGACGUCGGCAUCGACAUCAUUCAACAUAAUUGGUCCAUCUCGAUAACAAUUUCAAAGCUACUUCUUUCAGUUCAAAGUCUUUUAACAGAUCCUUACUCUGAAAUUUGUAUGGAACCAGAAAUUGGACGACUCUAUGAACAAGAAAUCUCAAAAUUUAAUGCAUUGGCAAGACGUUGGACAUGGAAAUAUGCCAUGAUUGAAGUUCUACCUUUUUCAUCACCAUUUGAUUAA